AUGCUCAAUAGUUUUAAGUCUUCUGUAAAUGAAUUGAAUAGUGAUUGUCAGCUUCCAAAAUCUUCUUUCACAAAAAAUUUUUCAUUCACAUCACCUAUACCUAAAAAAGAAUGUGAUACGAUAAUAUCAGAUAAAGAAACGUAUUCACAAUUUGACAAAUAUUUUGGACAAAAUUUAGAAGAAUUAAAACACAAUAAAGAACAAAUAUAUAAAGAUGAAUAUAGUAAUGAAAAUAUUUUAAGUGAUGAAGAAUAUACUUAUUGCACUUUGUAUUCUGAUAUAUUUCAAGGGAAUACUUUGAAUUGUUCUAAUGGCCUUAUAUAUGAUUGUUCCCAAGAAUAUAAUAAUACUUUCAAAUGUAGUAGUAAUGGAUCAAUGUCUAAUAUCUAUAAUCAAUCUUCUACAAACGAUAAGACUUUGUAUCUACCAAAAAAUACUGAUCAUUGUUUUAAAAAUUUGUUUUCUCAUAGCAAUGAUUCAGAAUGUCAUAAUCACCAACAACCCACCUCGUAUCCUGCUAACAAUAUGUUUGGUUUUGGCAUACCAUUUAAUAAUCAGAAAUUUAAUGCCAGUGAUAAUAAUCUACAGGUUGACACAACGGCAUCAACAACAAAUAACACUUCUUUUUCAAUUGAAAAUUCAAAAGAUUUCUAUGAUAAUCAAAUUAAUACAAACAAUGAUACUAAUUUUGAUGAGUUAAGUUUAACUGAAGAAUUAAAUAUGAUUAAAUCAACAUCACAAGAAAAUCUUAAUCAACUUGCUUCACAUUAUGGAACUGAACGAGUUGAUAUCACUUCAGAACUUAAAAAUAAGUUGAGAAUGAAAAUUUCUUCAUCAAAUGCUGAUAAUGACUACUCUGUUUUUGAUAAAGAUUCAGUUAACCAUGAAUUAAUAUCGACAAAUAUUAACCGUUUAAUGAGUGAUGAUAAAAAUUACGAUUUUGAGUGGGAUGAGGGUGUUGAAGAUCCAACUGAUGCCGAGGUUGAGGAAAUACUUGAAAAUUGUACUAAUCAAAAAGACUGUAAUAUGGAUAGCGACAACUUGACAAAAUAUGAUGAAAGAAUUGAAAUAAAUGAAGAUACCAAUGUUGCUGUAAUAGAAAAUAUUGGUGCUGUUUUUAUCAAAUCUGACACAUCAAAUGUCAAAUUUAAAACAACAAAACUUAAAGAAAUUUGCGACAACGUCUUACGCCACAAGAUGUUAGAUAAAUAUUGUGAAGAUGAAAAAAUGGAUUCAAUGGGAAAUGUUGAGUCAAUCGUCGAUGAUUGGGUUGAAAUCUCAGAAUCAUUAAAUCAAAAUCUUUCACAUCAAAUGGAUGAUGAUAAUCUUCCUGAACCAUCUGUACUAUCGGAUAUUGAGAUGCUUCUUGAUGAACCAGUUUCAAAGAAGGUGGUAACUCAGGAUUUCAACUCUAAUUUUCGAAAUUGCCUUUUAAUUAAUUAUCAUACAUUGUUGGUUUACGUUACCUACCUUAAAAAGAAUGAAUUUGGCAUUCUUGAUAAAGUGCCCUUAAAAGACGACUAUUAUAUGUUAAUAUUUAAUAAAGAAAAGGAAGCAAUUGAAGUUAAAUGUGCCGCUAAAAAGAGAGGCCUUUAUGCAGAGACUUAUGAAGAUAUCAAAAAUAAUCCUUAUGAUCAGGAAAAGAAAAAUUACUGGAAACACCCUGAUGUUUUAAAAUGGUUGUAA